AUUUUUGCAUAACUUACAAGAUCACGGUCCCAUUGAUUUAAUUCUUGCGUCUGAUUGUUUUUACGAACCUUCGAAUUUUGAAGAUAUUUUGGUUACCGUUUCUUAUAUUUUGGAUCAUAACCCAGAAUCGAAGUUUUUGUUUACGUAUCAAGAGCGUAGUUCCGAUUUGAGUAUUGAACAUUUGUUGGCAAAGUGGAAUUUAAAGUGCUUCGUGCAUAAUAUAAACAAUUUAGGUUCGAGUGUUGGUUUGGACUUGCACGAGCUUAGCGGUGGUCACAGUAUUCAUUUGUUUGAAAUUACGAGGUGAAUAAUAUGGGUUCUGUAAGUCGCGCCGUUAAAUUAUACGUUGGUAAUAUUCCGUGGACAGUCGGGCACAUAGAAUUGAAAAAUUAUUUUAGCAAAUUUGGUCCGGUUGCUUUCGCGAACGUAAUUUUCGACAGAAAAACGGGUUUAUCGAGAAAUUUUGGAUUUGUUAUGUUCAGUAAUAGAGAUGGGUUUGACAAAGCUACCAAUACAAAACAACAUGAACUAGAAGGUAGAACACUCAAACUCCAAAAGGUGCAUGACUCAACUACUUCUAACAUUCAAAUGUAAUUGAAUGCACCUUAAGAAAUUAAUAGAUAUUUAUAGAAAUAUUAAAUAGUAAACUAAAAUAGAUUUAUCACAAUGGCAAAGUCAGAUAGUUUUAAUGAUAUAGAGGAACUUUUAGACUGCGACGAUGAACUAACACAACAAUUUAAUCAAGCAGCGUCUCAUUUGCAAACAAUUGUUUCUGAGUUAGACAAUAACACCCUGGUUUUAUUAUAUGGGUAUUAUAAA